AUGUCGUUCGGAUUCGGGAACAACAACAACAACAACAAUACCAACAACACUUUUGGGGGCUUCGGCAGCUCUAAUACAGGAGGAGGCUUCGCUGCGAACCCCGCUUCCACGGGUGGCUCACUCUUCGGAGGCAACACUGCCACUUCAGGGGGGUUCUCUGGGUUUGGCGCCGCGAACAACACUAAUACCGCGGGCUUCGGCGCUCCCAAGCCAGCCUUUGGCGCGUCUACCACAACUACUGGCGGAAGUCUGUUCGGUGGGAACACAGCUACGUCUGGCGGGUUUGGAGGCGGCGGUGGUUUCGGGAACACCGCGAACACCGGAGGAUUUGGAGGGAAUACCAGUGGGGGACUGUUUGGUUCCCAGCAGAAUCAGCCAAAGCCCAGCGGGUUCGGCUCGACCAACACCGGUGGCUCGCUGUUUGGCGGCGCCAACAAUACCACUGGCGGAUUUGGAGGAACGAAUACUGCGACCAGCAAUCCGUUUGGCGGGAGUACCUCAGGUGGCUUCGGGGGCAGCACCAACACGAACACGAAUACCGGUACCGGCGGCUUCGGAUUUGGCGCUGCUUCUACCGGCGCUGCAGCCAACAACAAUGGAACAGCCAACACCCCAUUCAACGCCUUCAGCGAGAAAGACCCAGUGAACAGCUCGACGUCCUUCUACCAGUCCAUCACGUUCCAGCAGCCUUAUGCGAACAAGAGCUUCGAGGAAUUGAGGACGGAAGAUUAUGCCCAGGGCAGACGGUUCGGAAAUACCAACGGUCAGGCUGGUGGCUUUGGGCAGAGUACCGGCUUCGGUGGAUUUGGAGCUACCAACACGACCAGUGCAGGCGGUAGUAUGUUCGGAGGCAACACAGCCACCACCGGCACAAGCGCGUUUGGCAGCAACAACACCGCCACGAAUACCAACACGUUCGGUGGCUUCGGAGGAAACACAAACAACAGCGGGAGUCUCUUUGGGAACAAGCCGGCCCAAACCGGCGGACUGUUUGGUGGGCAGCAGACUGCUGGCACGACCACUGGCGGGUUCGGAUCCACGGCGAACACUGGUGGAAGCGUUUUCGGAGGCGCCAAUAGCGCGUUCGGCGGCACGAACAACAACAAUACCUCCACCACCGGCGGAGGUCUGUUCGGCUCGAACAACAACCAGCAACCUCCCAAGCCGGCCUUCGGGGGCUUUGGGGCCACGAAUACAACCACGAACACCGGUGCAUUCGGAAACACUGCCAAUACGGGUGGUAGCCUGUUUGGUGGCAACAAUACCAACACUGGUGGUUCACUGUUCGGCGGUAACAACCAACAACAGCAGAGCAAUCCCUUUGGGGCCAACAAUACCGCCAACACAGGUGGUAGCUUGUUCGGCAAUAAUGCACCCAAGCCAGCCGGUGGAAGUCUGUUCGGCAGCACCAACAACACUGCCAACACUGGAGGCUCACUAUUCGGUGCUCAGAACAAUCAACAACAGAGCAAUCCCUUCGGCCAGUCGACCAACACUGGUGGGAGCUUGUUCGGAAAUCAAAACCAGAACAAGCCUGCCGGUACCAGCCUUUUCGGUAACAGUACGAAUACUGGUGGGAGUCUGUUUGGUGGGAAUCAAAACAACCAGAGCACUGGAGGUGGUCUCUUCGGCGGCAACAACAACGCCGGUAGCUCGCUGUUUGGAAACGCGAAUAAGCCGCCCGGCGGCAGCCUGUUCGGGAAUACUGGCAACACUUCCAACACUAACUCUGGGCUGUCACUGUUCGGCAACAACCAGCAGAAUCAGCAGAACAACGCCGGCGGUUCUCUAUUCGGCGGCCUCAACAACAAUGCCAAUCAACAAGGCUCCAACUCAGGCUCGUUGUUUGGUGGAAGCCUCAACCAGAGCCAGGGUCCGGCGCGGAACCAGCUCCACGCUUCUCUUACCGGCUCGCCUUACGGCAACGAGCAGCUCUUCUCCUCUCUCGCCGCGCCGUCACCGCCCAUCGGUCCGCUCGCGACACCUCUUAAUGGCGCAAGGCCUUCACCACGCAAGACUCCCAGCUUGCUUGCAAGCGCAAGGGUAAACACUCCCGUCUACAGCCCUCGCGGCGGUUCUUUCGGUCGCACGGGAGGAUAUGGCUUCAACUACUCCACCUACGGCACUCCUGGCUCUGCGUUUACUUCCGGCAGCCUCACGCCCGGUGCAAGCAGCUUGCUUCGACCAACUGGGAGCCUCAGCAGCGCGCUGACUAGCCGCUUGACCAAGAGCUUGAGCGGUGGCAACCUCCGCAGUGACUCGGUCGCCAGUGAAGGACGCAGCUUGCUCCGCCCGAGUGCCUUCUCCCCUGAAGGCACGCCCGGCUCGUAUGCUAACGGCAACGUGCGCAAGCUCAAGAUCGAUCGCAGCCUCCGCACUGACCUGUUUGGACCGGAGCCGAAGGCGAUCGAGACUGUAAAGGAGAAUGAGCCUCCCGCCUUGAGCAAGACUGUGAGCUUCGAAAAGAGCGCCGACCAGGAGAGCUCUACGCCGAAAGCCAACGCGUCAAACGCCCUUGCUAGGACUGAGGAUCGAGAAGACGAUCAGUCCCCGGGCCUGAUCCGUUCCGGGCCGAGCAAAUCGAAUGUCUCCAAGACGCCUGAGAUGGAACAGGUCAAUGGUGCUUUGACUACGGUGCCAGAAGAUGCCGAAGCGCCUCGCUCCGCGCCUGCCUCCAGGCCGGUCGCUCAUACGUCCAAGCCGCACGAGGUGGGCGAUUACUGGACGAAGCCUGCUUUGAAAGACCUGAAGAACAUGUCACGCCAGCAGCUCAAGAACGUCGGCAACUUUGUUGUUGGACGCGAAGGCGUUGGGCGCAUCGAGUUUGGCUCUGUCGAUCUCACCAACACCCCGCUUGAAGACAUUUGCGGCAAUGUCGUUCAACUCAACCCUCGCUCCGCCACGGUAUACCAGGACGACCAGGACAAGCCGGCAAUGGGAAAGGCGCUCAAUGUCCCGUCCACCAUCUACCUCGAGAACUCUUGGCCUCGGUCCCAUGGUGGCCGCAAGCCGGUGACUACCAAGAGUGGCAAGGAGUACGAGAAGCACAUUGCUCGCCUCAAGCGUGUGGGCGGCACUCACUUCCUCAACUACGAUCCAGCCACUGGCGUGUGGAGCUUCAAGGUCGAUCACUUCACCACCUACGGUCUUGAUGAUGACGACGAGGAGUCGGACUUUCCGGAUGACAGCAAGAUGGUCGAUCCAUCGAGCCCCCUCAGCGACGCUCCUGAGACCCCCACAGCUCCGCAAGACCUUACCAUGCAAAGCGUCGACACUGGCACGGGCGAAGUGGACGAUACUUUUGAGUUCAUGCUUGACCGUCGCUCCCAACUGAUUGUGCCGGGUGGGUUUGACGAGAGUGCUAUGUACGACUUUGCCGAUGUGGAAGCCAACGAGAGGUUGGAGGAGCCGGAGCAGCACGUGAUGUGCGGCGGACUCGGCGAUGCUGAGAUGAACAAUCUGUUUGUGUCUCCUGGCGGUGCUGUGCAAGCUCCAUCACCUGGAGCAGUGGAGCGCUACCACUCGAGCCUGAUGGAGCCCGAUGAUGACCAGGAGGCGGAGGAACAAGGGAUUCCUGGCUCCUUCGUCGAAGACCCGAAGCCUACUCGCUCCAUCUUGAAGGCCGGCACCGCCCUCAGCAUGCUUGCCUCGCCUCAAAAGCUGGCGACUGAGAGCUGGGAGGAGCAAUUGCAGCGCACUUUGAGCCCUCGCAAGCGCGAUCGCCAAGCUUUGAAGGAGAUGCAGCAUAGCUUCUUGCGUGCUCGUGCCGACGACUUGAUGUCAAGCCCCUUCAAACAAAGCAUGCUCGGUCAGAGUGUGUUGGGCCAAAGCUAUCUUGCCCAGAAGAGCGCAAAGAAGGCAAACACGGCGGCAACCCAUGCCGUCGCUCCUCAGGAGCUCGGGAAGAGCCAGGCGUUCCGCACCGCAAUGGAUCUUAUGGAUUCUAUGUACUCGCCGGAGAAGCCGGGACGAAAGGCUGGCGCGGAAUGCACAUCCUUCACCACGCACGUUCAGGAUAUGUGGGUCAGCAAUUUCCCCCAUUCCAAGAAGCCUCGCCAUUCGACUUCCGACGCUGACGAUGCCGCGUGGCACGAAACGAUGAAGCCGCACUUCUCCAACGACGGCACCCUGGUGUACUCCGUCCCAGCCUCGUGGCCUCAACACUUCGGAGAACUGUCGACCACCAUGCGCCCUGUAGUCAGCGAGCACCACGACGUGCGCUUCGGCCGCUUCACACCCGCCUCUGACAUCAAUGCUAUACCACUGCUCGCGCAAAAGAUAGUCACCAACGUCGAAAUCUCGACCGGCUUUCCGAUCGCGUACCCGCCAGAGGACAUUCUCUUCUCCUCGCUGAGUGAGAACGUGGACGACUCGCCGGCCUUUCCCGAGCGCGAGAGAGCGUUGUGGCAGCUCUGCAGUAUCUUGUACGAUCCCACUCGCCACGGGUGUCGUCAGCUCCUAGAGGGCGUGUCAUCCGAGCAGCUCGCACAACUUGCACCGCAUGAGGAACGCAUUCGGCUGGAUACUGUGACCGCCUUCUGGGCGCACCUCGUCACUCCCUCCGUUCAAGAGGGGCUCAAGCGCGCUCGUUCAGCCGAGGAGAAGGCGCUGCUUUUGCUGACGCAGAAUGAUGUCCCCGCGGCUUGCGACGUGCUGAUCGAAGCGAAGGACUUUAAACUCGCCAUGUUUGUUGCGCAGUUGCCGACUACCGAGCAGAGUCAGGCGAUGAUGAAGAAGCAGAUUGACGCAUGGCGCGACCGGAACGACUGGAGCGAGAUGAGCGAUGCCGUUCGCGCGCUGUACUCCAUCCUUGCCGGCGAGCUGUGCACGGUUGUGGGCAAGUCUGGCGCUGCGGAGGAUAGGGCGGCGGAGUUUAAUCUUGCGGAGAGGUUUGGCCUCAGCUGGCAGCAGAGUCUUGCGCUGCGGUUGAACCUUGGAGGCUACGCGACCGUCCAAGACGCGGUGGAGGCAUAUCACGCGCAGCUGGAGAGUGGACGUGAGAAGACAGUACCGUUCAGCACGACUACAAAUGGCUCGAAGACAGACGAUGUCUUGAUGGAGCUCCUCCGCCUCUACGCCGGCUUCCCGAACACGGCCAAACUACUCGACCCGAACGUGACGUCCGGCAGCCCUAUGGAUGCCAGAGUAAGCUGGCAGCUCGCGUCGCUUCUCAGCGCAAGCAAGCACUGCAAAAUCUCGAGCAACGAGCUGGACCAGCUUGCCUAUGAGUAUGCAACGCAGCUCGAAUCUGCCGGCAAAUUCGUCACGGGCGCAUGGAUCACUCUUCACAUUCGCGAUCCACAAGCGCGGCAGCGCGCCCUCGGUGCACUGCUCAACCGCCACGGCGACAAGAUUUCCACACCUGGUGACCAUACCGUCGAAGACAGCAAGACAUUCGAGUACCUCACGCAAGACAACAAGGUCCCCUCCGCGCCCGUGUGGAGAGCAAAAGCGCUGUACGCGAAGGCCGGGCUGCACAAUCCCGGUCUGCAGGCUGAAUGGCUUCUCCGCGCCGGCGAUCUGGAUGCAGCGCACGAGGUGCUGUGCACGACUGUGGGCCCGCAAGCCGUGAUUGAGCAGGACUACGCUCUGCUGGCGAAUCUGCUGCAGCAAUUUGGACAGCGGAGAGUGGGUGGGUGGGAGCGAGGGGGAGAAGUGUACGCGGAUUACCACCAGCUUGUGCGUGCGAGGCAGAGCGGUGGUGCCAGUGGUGGGAGACUCAGUGCGGGUGUGCAGGCUGCUAUGGUGCGGUUCAGACGGGGGUUGGAUGCGUUGAAGGAGGGGGAUGCGAGUGGGAAGUCGAGGGGGUUACUGGAGACUGUGGCUGUGAUUGAGAUGAGGAAAGUUCUGGAGGAGAUGGAGAGGGGGGAGGGAGUUGUGGAGAAUGAGGGAUUGGGCAUGGGCGUGAAGGGCGAGGUGGGAGGAGAGAUGUUGCGCCGGUAUCAGCGUGCGAUGGGCAGUGUGGUGUGA